GACAGGGAAACCGCCCCGGGGCACCCCACCCGGAUCUGGAGCGGCCGGUCUGAAGCCCUACGGCUUCGGCUCUUCUCGCGGGCUUUUGGGGCAUAUGUUUCGGCUCCUUCGCUUGGUUUCGGGGCCAGGGGCAUGGGGACAAGACCAACCUGGAGAAAGAGUCAGCGAGUCCCCGCGGCGGGGGCUCCUGGACUGCACCCUCCGCGAGGCCUGCCUGUGGACCUUGGGGCCCUUCACUAGGCUGUUGUAAUGGGGGAACGAGGAUGUCAAGGCGACUCUGCCCUGGACAUUUCAGCCCAGACCUACCCUCUUCUUUGGCUAAAUUAAUUACCCACCCAGCCCAGCAUCUUACAGGAAAAGCGUAACACUUCCUAGAGGAGUAUGAGCAUAACAGGAAGGUGUCAUUGACUCUGAAUUAAAAUUUUAACCUGUCCCCUGAACAGCUACAGGAUUUGGAAGCUGAAUCAAUGUUAUCAGAUGAGUUAGAAUCCAAACCAGAGCUGCUGGUACAGUUUGUUCAGAAUACGUCCAUCCCACUAGGACAGGGGCUAGUAGAAUCAGAAGCUAAAGACAUUACUUGCUUGUCCCUCCUUCCAGUGACUGAGGCCUCAGAAUGCAGUCGGCUAAUGUUACCAGAUGAUACUCCAAAUCAUACUAACUCCUCCAAGGAGGUUCCUUCCUCGGCUGUGUUGAGAAGCCUUCAGGUGAAUGUGGGUCCAGACGGAGAAGAGACGAGGGCUCAGACCGUACAGAAGUCUCCGGAGUUUUUGUCCACUCCAGAGUCUCCUAGCUUGUUGCAAGAUCUACAGCCAAGUGAUAGCACUUCUUUUAUUCUUCUUAACCUAACAAGAGCAGGUCUGGGCUCUUCAGCCGAACACUUAGUAUUUGUACAAGAUGAGGCAGAGGAUUCAGGGAAUGAUUUCCUCUCCAGUGAGAGCACAGACAGUAGCAUUCCAUGGUUCCUCCGGGUUCAGGAGUUGGCCCAUGACAGUUUGAUUGCUGCUACUCGUGCACAACUGGCAAAGAAUGCGAAAACCAGCAGCAAUGGAGAAAAUGUCCACCUUGGUUCUGGUGAUGGGCAACCGAAAGAUUCUGGGCCCCUUCCUCAAAUGGAGAAGAAGCUCAAGUGUACAGUUGAAGGCUGUGACCGGACAUUUGUGUGGCCAGCUCACUUUAAGUACCACCUCAAAACUCAUCGAAACGACCGCUCCUUUAUCUGCCCUGCAGCAGGUUGUGGGAAAAGCUUCUAUGUACUGCAGAGGCUGAAGGUGCACAUGAGGACCCACAAUGGGGAGAAGCCCUUUAUGUGCCCCGAGUCUAACUGUGGUAAGCAGUUCACUACAGCUGGAAACCUGAAGAACCACCUGCGCAUCCACACAGGAGAGAAGCCUUUCCUUUGUGAAGCCCAAGGAUGUGGCCGUUCCUUUGCUGAGUAUUCUAGUCUUCGAAAACAUUUGGUCGUUCACUCAGGAGAGAAGCCACAUCAGUGUCAAGUCUGUGGGAAGACCUUCUCUCAGAGUGGGAGCAGGAAUGUGCACAUGAGAAAGCAUCACUUGCAGAUGGGAGCAGCUGGGAGUCAAGAGCAGGAACAGACUGCUGAGCCACUAAUGGGCAGUAGUUUGCUUGAAGAGGCUUCAGUAACCAGUAAAAACCUGGUGUCUAUGAAUUCUCAGCCCAGCCUUGGUGGAGAGUCCUUGAACCUACCAAAUACCAAUUCUAUCCUAGGAGUUGAUGAUGAGGUGCUUGCUGAAGGAUCCCCACGUCCUCUGUCUUCAGUGCCUGAUGUGACGCAUCAUUUGGUGACCAUGCAGUCAGGGAGGCAGUCAUAUGAGGUGUCUGUCUUAACUGCCGUAAAUCCACAGGAGUUACUAAACCAAGGAGAUUUAACUGAAGGACGGACAUGAGCAUGGGUGCUGACUCCUGGAAGAUCAGCUCUACCUGAUCCCAGAGUGCAUGUAGUGGGAACAGGAUGCUUAUGGCUCACAGUCUGCCAGAACCAAAAUGAAUCUGUGAAGGACAGGACCCCACUUUUGCCUCUGUUCAUCUUUCCUGGCCUAGAAGAUGACUGUAGGAGAGCUUCUCUUCAACUACCAUCUGAUUCAGACAAGAAAGAAAGCAGUGAAUGUGGGCUGGGUAACUGUACCUACCUCUCUUCCCACUGCACAAUUUUGGGAUAGACUUCUCCCAAAAGUGAAUUUGAUUAUUUGUUGGCUGAAGUUUCUCAGUAAGACUGUUGAGGGGAGGUUUUCCUUUGAAGAGUUUUCAUCCCAUACUGAGCUGUCUUUUCACAUGGGUGAACUAAAUCCUGCCACCAACCAUAAAACUUCACCAAGAAGUUAAGCUUUCAAGAUGCCUUGUUGCUUUCGAGAAGGGAGUGAUGUCAGUUCUGUUGUGACAUUCUCCCUUUAGCAACCUGAGUAAGAGACUCUCUGCCACUGGUCUUCAAAAAAAUUACUUGAAUCCCUGCUUGUCCCAGGCUGAGGUACUAUCUUGUCCUAUACACCUCUACUUGGCCACUUUGCUUUCUUUGUUUAUGGAACAUACAGUAGCAUGUUAAGAGGUGGUUUGUUUUUUGCUUUUUGUUUUUUUAAGUUAAAAAUCACCUGAUUCAGAGCUUCAAUUGUUUUUCCUUUAAAUAAACAAAACAGCCAGUCA